UUAAAAUUCUUGCAAAUGGAGUUACUCUUUAAUUUAACAAAAAAAACCACAUUUUAAAAUUGUUUAGCAAAACAGGGAAAUCCUGAAGAUCUGGUGACAUUAGAGCAGUGUUUCUCAACCUUUUCUAAGUCAAGGCACCCUUUAAAAUUAUGGACAGUCCCGAGGCUCCCUUUAAAAUUAUGGACAGUCCCGAGGCACCCUUUAAAAUUAUGGACAGUCCCGAGGCACCCUUUAAAAUUAUGGACAGUACCGAGGCACCCUUUGAAAUUAUGGACAGUCCCGAGGCACCCUUUGAAAUUAUGGACAGUCCCGAGACACCCUUUAAAAUUAUGGACAAUCCCCAGGCACCCUUUAAAAUUAUGGACAAUCUUGAGGCACCCCAUUCUAAAAUGUGA